AAUAAUAAUCAGGAAUCAAAAAUCAAUGAACCAAGUUCAUAAAGGUGGCAAAACUGAGUAUAGAAUUUAAUGCGUUUGGCGCGUAGACACACUUUACAGAUGUCCGUUGUCCGUUGUCCGUGUCUCCGUUGAUUGUAUACGCGAUACGCGCCGAAAAAUGUGAUGUGACAAGACAACCGGUCAAAAUAUUUUCUUGAAUAAUACACAUCGUUAAAUCACAUAAUUAAUAAUAUAAUCGAAAAAAUGGAGUCUCGUUACAGUACUAAAGAAAAUUUGGAACAGUCGAUAGGUUUGUUGAGUCAGAAAAAUGCUCAACGGAAAUCGUUUUUGAGGUUAAGCACGAAGAGUACCACUCCUAAACGAAUUUCGCUUCAACAAUCGUUUACUCCGAAACGUGUAGAAGAUGAAGAAAUUCGUGGUAACGACACUAACACGUCAAUGAGAAAUCAAUUCGAAAGUCAGUCUAAAUUGUUAAAACAUGACCUUUCGGAUUUCGAUACAUCAAUUACUCUUUACCCAGGCGAGAGACUCUCCAGAUCAUUCCGUUCCGCACAACAUGAAGUCAGAGACAUAAUGUUGGCUUCUGAUAAAUUUGAUUUAAGUUUGAGGGAGAUGAUGGAAGAUAGCGCAUCGACAGGGCUCAUACUGAAGUCUGACAAACCCUGGAGAAAAGCUGCUCUCAAACUAUAUCACGAGUUUCUAGAAAUUAUCCAAGGUCAUUCUUCCGAACCUCAAAUCUUUGAUACAAUAGCGGAUUUCAUUCAAAAUUGCACAGAUACGCUGCAAAUAAUGAGAGGUAUGCAAGCAAAAGUGGACACCAUAGAAAUGUCGGAGGAAGAGAUAAAUUUAGAGAACGAGCGGAACACAUGGCGACUUGUCUAUUGUCUGUAUCAAAAUCGCUUAUCCUCACAUCAAAAUUUUCAAACGAAAAUGGAAACUGAUGUUAAUGAAAAUUUGUCAGAAAAGAAUGUGAUAGAAGCUUUGAUAAGGAAUGAGAGUAUGAUAAGAGAGUAUCAAUUGAUUAUUGAUUGGUUGGAAAAAAAUGCCGUUGAUCAAGCUGAAACACAACCAAAAAUUGAGCAUUUUACGGACAAAACAAUUGCUUGGGAAAACACGAUGCAUCAGUUACACAAUCGUCAGGGCGGUAUUAUGUUUGGUUCAUCAAGACCUCUUGUGACUUCUCUUGAUCCGGAUGCUCCAAUCAGAGAGGGCAAGCCAUUGCACGAUUUAGAUAAAGAAGAUGAUGCUCGACUCGAGAAGAGAAUGUUCAUCGAGGUCCGAUGCGGUCGACUCCAAAGAGCUCAAGAACUCGCUGUGCAUUGUGGACAACCAUGGCGCGCUGCAUGUUUGUUGGGAUGGGAACCUUAUCAUGAUCCUAAUUACAAUAAUCCGUUAACCGAUACUAAAUUGCCGGUCGAAGGAAAUCCCAAUAGAAGUCUAUGGAAACUGUGCGCUUGGAAAAUUUCUCAAGAUCCUCGAGUUGGUCAAUACUAUCGAGCAAUUUAUGCGAGUCUUUGUGGAAAUUUGCAACAUCUAUUGACGGUAGCUGCAUCUUGGCAAGACGAGCUUUGGGCAUACAUGAAAUGUUUAAUGGAUAUCGAGGUCGAGAGCGAAGUGCGAGGCGUGAUGGCAAAGAAUUAUAUUUCCAUGCCUGACGAUUAUUGGAAAUCGAAAGUUGGGCUCGAGGACAUAUUCGCGAAUCUUCAAGCAUCGAAAAACGCAGUUGUACAAUCACAAGCCUGUAAACCGGACCACUUGAUUCAAAAGUAUUUGAUACUCGAUCAAGUGCCUCAGCUUUUGGAGCAAAUGCGAAUAUGGAUCGACAGUGGUAAUUCAAUAAAUCCCCAAUUUCUCCGGUUCCUCGCACAUUUAGUACUAUUUUUCCGUCAAAUCGGGAAAGACGACAGAGAUCAAAUCGGAGACAAAGUAUUGCUCGCUUACGUCCGAGUUCUCAUAGAAAUUGGGGAUCCCACACUCGUCGCUUUUUACACGGCGACACUCCCCCAAGAGGAUCAAAUCACGAAUUUUGCCAAUUAUCUCGAGGGUGUGAAAAAAGGCGAGGAGCGCAAGCUCUGUCUCGUAGCUGCCGAAGAAGCCAAUUUGAAUGUCGAAGCUAUUACGAAAUUAGUAGUUGAAAAUGUGCGACAGAAGAACAUCAAUCUCGACACGAACGGUGAUUUGACAGGAAAGCUGACCGAAAGCGAUUUGGAGAAAAUUGAUGCUUUGGACUGGGUUACGUUUUAUCCCAGUCAAAGGGAAGAAGCACUUUGGCAAGGAAACGCUCUCAUAAGAUAUUUCCUCACUUGUGGGAAAGUCGACGCUGCUCGUAAGGCCUUCAACAAGAUACCGGCGGAUGCCAUUGAAGUGAUCAUGAACGAGCAUCCUUCGUUAGAAGCGACUCUCGCUGCUAUGACGAUGACGGUCAACAUCUCUAAGAAAACUUCGGCUUCGAUACGCGAAUAUCUAUGUUACAAAGCGUAUCUAGACGCUCAAGAAGGUUUUCAAGAAUGGUUUUCGCAUUUCUAUCAGGGAAAGCCAGCACCUUUGGACGAUUUGCCAUCGUACGCGACCUUCACCGAGAAAGUUGCUCACGAUCAUAAGAAAGCUCAGUAUAGCGCAGAGCUCGAACGAUGGAAAUGCACGAUGCAACAUCAUACGAAGGCGGUCAAACAACUGCUGUUCAACGUACUUCUGUUUCCGGAUGGUGGUUGGCUAGUAGAUUCGUCAAGCGAGAAAGUAACGGGAGACGAAUCAACACCGGCAAUGCCAUUACGAUUGCAUCAAUUGAACAGGCUCCGGAGUCUUUGUAUACCGAAAAUAACUCUCCUUCUUUUGACGGUGAUGUCGGACAUGAACGAGCACGCGGAAUGCGUCGAACUCUCGGACAUUCUUGCUUCGGAGCAGUAUCAACUUUACAGUGUAUUUUCGAAGGAUAAAUUACGUGAAGUGACAGGAAAAAUAUGCGAGUCUUCGCUCGCGUUGAUGGACCAAAAGAAGGAUCCUUGGGGUUAUCCGAGAUGAGGAUUCACGAAAGAAUAAAAUGAAGAUGCACAGUGUAAAAUGAACGAAAUGAGGAAAAUACCGGAAUUCGAUUUCCGUUUUCAUCUCUAUGAAAUAAACAUCUCGAUACUUUUUUUCAUAUGGCUUCCUUACAAAACCAGUUUAUUGUCAACCACACGAAGUGAAUAUAAAAUUUGAUACAAUGUUCAAUAAUGAAUAAUCAUAAUGCGUAUUGAA